GAAGGGGGGGCGAGAGAGGCAAAGGAGCGCAGGCGGAGAGGCAGGAGGGGAGAGCGGAGCGCGCGGAGCCAGGCGAGGCGGCUGGACCCGGGCAGGAGGCGCAGGAAAGCCAGCCAGCCAUGGAGAAUGGAUUGCAGUGUCCAAGGUCCACCACAGAAAUCCGGAAGGAGAAAUCGAGGGACGCGGCGCGAUGCCGCCGCAGCAAGGAGACGGAGGUUUUCUACCAGCUGGCGCACACCCUGCCCUUUGCCCGGGGGGUCAGUGCCCACCUGGACAAGGCCUCCAUCAUGCGGCUGACCAUCAGCUACCUGCGGAUGCACAAGCUACUGAAUUCAGGAGAAUGGAGAGAUGAGGUGGAGGCAGAGGAGCAGGUGGACGCGUAUUACCUGAAGGCCCUGGAUGGCUUCCUCAUGGUCCUGACCGAGGAAGGGGACAUGAUCUACCUCUCCGAGAACGUCAACAAGCACCUGGGCCUCAGUCAGCUGGAGCUCAUUGGUCACAGCGUCUUUGACUUCAUUCAUCCCUGUGAUCAAGAAGAACUGCAAGAUGUAUUGAGCCCAAGGCAGGGUUUCUCAAAGAAGAAGGAGGUGAAGACGGAACGCAGCUUCUCCCUGCGCAUGAAGAGCACCCUCACGACCAGGGGGCGCACCGUCAACCUCAAGUCCGCCACCUGGAAAGUGCUCCAUUGCUCCGGCCAUAUGCGGUCCUAUGCGCCCGCCAAGCCAGCAGGGGGGAAGGAGGCAGAAGGCAGCUUCGUGGAGCCCCCUUUGCGGUGUUUGGUGCUGAUCUGCGAGGCCAUCCCGCACCCCGCUAACAUCGAGACCCCGCUGGACAGUGGCACCUUCCUCAGCCGCCACACCAUGGACAUGAAGUUUACCUAUUGCGACGACAGGAUUGCAGAGGUGGCUGGUUACACGCCUGAAGACUUGCUGGGCUGCUCCAUUUACGAGUAUAUCCACGCCCUGGACUCUGAUUCUGUCAGCAAGAGCAUCAACACCCUGCUGAGCAAGGGGCAGGCGGUUACCGGACAGUAUCGUUUCCUGGCCAGGAACGGCGGCUACCUGUGGACCCAGACUCAAGCCACGGUCAUCUCCAGCAGCAAAAACUCCCAGCCCGAGAGCAUCGUCUGCGUACACUUCAUCUUGAGCCAGGUGGAAGAGAUGGGCUUGGUGCUCUCCUUGGAGCAGACUGAGCGGCAGGGGGAGCACCGCCGGCUGCCCCCGCCCUCCCUCGAGGGGCUGGACUCCGACGGGGCCCUUGACGACCUGGACGCCAACGGGGGAGACACCAUCAUCAACCUCAGCUUUGAGCUGCGCGGCCCCAAAGUCCUGGCCUUCCUGCGCCCCGCCAACAUCAGCGAAGAGGAGCUGCAGCUGGACCCCAAGCGCUUCUGCAGCCCCGACCUCCAGAAGCUGCUGGGCCCCAUCUUCGACCCCCCCGGGGCCCAGAGCCAAGCGUCAGGGACCCUGCGGGCAAGGCCUCCGGCCGCACCGCUCAAGCCGGCUCCGGUUGCCAAGAACACUUCUGGAGGCAGGAGCCCAGUGAACCCGGUCGAGCUGCCAGAAGAGCUGCUUUUUGACAUGGAGAACGUGCAGAAGCUCUUUGCUUCCAGCAAGGAGACGCAGUCAAUGGAGACGGCUCUGCAGGACUACGAAGGCCUAGACCUGGAGAUGCUGGCCCCGUACAUCUCGAUGGACGACGAUUUCCAGCUCAGCAGCACCGACCACCCGCCCUGGCUGGCCGAGAAACGGGGCGGGGUCCCGGGGCCGGGGACCCGGCCAACCUCGCCGCCCCCGCGGCCUCGCUCGAGAAGCUUCCACGGAGUCUCCCCCAGCCCGCCCGAGCAGACCACUCUCCCCCGCUGGGGCAGCGACACCAGCCUGAGCCACCCCCGCCCUGCCCAGCCCCCAGGCAGCCCCCCGUGUGGGGCAGAGCAAGUGGUGGAGAUGGUGGCGUCCGUCAAGAUCCAGGCUGUGCAGGACGGGAGCGGUCAAAAUGGCCAGGCGGCCUCCGUGGGUGGGAGGAAGAGGGCCCGGGAGCUGAGCGUGGAGGAAGAGAGAGAUGUCUUCCUGGAGGCAGGGCUCCCUAAGCGCACCCGUGGCCUGGAGCCCGAUGGCUUCCUGAUGCCCUCUCUUAGCCUGGGUUUCCUGCUGAGUGUGGAAGAAUGUUUGGAUGCCAGGUCCGAGCGGGGUUUCGGGGGCACCGUGUCCCUGGGCAAGAAGCUUCUGUCUCUGGAGGAGCCGAUGGGCCUCCUGGGGGACAUGCUGCCAUUUGUGGUGGACGGACCAGCCCUCUCUCAGCUGGCCCUGUUUGACGGUGAGGACGAGGCCUCCUCCGUGCAGAGUGGCCAGCAUUUCCAGCUGGGGGAGGAGCUCCUGGUGGAACUGGACCAGGCCACCUGAGGUGGUGGCCCCCCCUGCCGCCACCGCUGCCGCAAAACCUUCACGCCACACUCCUUCUCCGCAGAUGGGACAAAAACAGAACCAAACCUCACCCGAAAUCACCCAUGAGAGGCAGAGGAGGGGAGGGGGGGCCCUGCUUUCCCUCCCCUCCUCCUCUUCCAACCGUCCCCCCCACCCAAAUGCCCUGCUCUCUCUCUCUCUCUUUGCCUCCCCCCACCCCCAAAUCUCCGCCGGCGUCCUUUGAACUCUUCCUACCUCAGUCCUGUCCUCAUCGGGCAGCCUCUCCCUUCCGGAGACGGCGAGGGAGGAAGGCUUAGCCGAAUUUAGGAGCCUGCGUUCAUAGGGACUGCCCCUCCCCACUCCAAACCAGCUCUCCCCCCCCAAAAUAUAUUGGUGCUUAUAUAUCCUCUUUUCCUGAGAUGGGAAGCAGAAGUGGGGUGGAAGGAAAGGAGUUGGGGGCCCAUAUUCACGCGGGAAGACACCGUUCUGUCAAAUCCCCAAAAUUGAGAGGAGAGUCGGGGCGAAGGGAUGGUCAG